GGAUACGCAUCCGAUGUUUGCUAAACAGAUAGAUGGCUGCCCAGAGAGGUUUUUUGCGCCCAAUAUCCGCACAGAGCCAACAAAGAGAUCAUGGCGGCGUUGCAGAGGCUCACAAAAUGAGUCAGUCUCUGCAAGGCUCGCAGGCUCGCAACACAACUGAGACAUAGAUUUUAAAUGACCAUGGAGGCUGGUGCAGACACACAGCAAAGUGGUGAAACAGCAGUCUCUGAAUCUGAGACCCAACAGAUUACACUGGCACAGGCGUCCAUAGCAGCAGGCCAGGUGACAUGCAGUAGUCCCACAGUCACCCUAGUGCAGUUACCGAACGGUCAAACAGUCCAGGUGCACGGGGUGAUCCAAGCUGCUCAGCCUUCUGUCAUCCAGUCACCACAAGUUCAGACAGUACAGAUUUCGACUGUUGGUGAGAGUGAGGACUCUCAGGAAUCCGUAGACAGUGUGACAGAUUCUCAGAAAAGGAGAGAGAUUCUGUCCAGAAGGCCUUCUUACAGGAAGAUUCUGAAUGACUUAUCAUCAGACGCUCCGGCGGUCCCUCGAAUUGAGGAAGAGAAGUCAGAAGAUGACUCAGCCCCUGCAAUCACCACAGUCACCAUGCCCACUCCCAUCUAUCAGACCAGCAGUGGCCAGUACAUUGCCAUUACUCAAGGUGGGGCCAUUCAGCUGGCCAAUAAUGGCACAGAUGGAGUGCAGGGUCUGCAGACACUCGCCAUGGCAAACGCUGCUGCAGCCCAGCCUGGAGCCACCAUCCUACAGUAUGCUCAAACCAGUGAUGGUCAGCAGAUCCUAGUGCCCAGCAACCAAGUGGUUGUACAAGCUGCCUCUGGUGACGUCCAGGCAUAUCAAAUCCGCACUGCCCCCACUAGCACCAUCACUCCUGGGGUCGUCAUGGCAACCUCGCCUGCGCUGGGCACAGCAGGAGCCACUGAGGAAGUCACACGUAAAAGGGAGGUCAGACUGAUGAAAAACAGGGAGGCAGCCCGAGAGUGCCGUAGGAAGAAAAAGGAGUACGUCAAGUGUCUUGAGAACCGUGUGGCUGUGUUGGAGAACCAGAACAAAACCCUCAUUGAGGAACUUAAAGCCCUCAAAGACUUAUACUGCCACAAAUCUGAGUAGAAACGUAACUGAACGCCUGCCAGGGGCUUGAAAGUGCCCAUCUGUUAACAUGUACAGAGACUCAGCAUAGAGCCAUACAUCUGGAUGCCACUCCUCCUUUUCUACUAUUUUGCUUUCUUUUAAAAAAAAAAACUGCUGAAAAUCUGUGAAAUGACUCACCAGGAAUAGGAAAAAAAACAUGCCCAGUCCCCACUUCAACAAGACCUCUUCACAUCAGCUAUCCAUAAAAGAGUGAGGCAGUGUUCAGAAUGAUGGUGGAAGAGACUACAACUAUACAGGGUCUUUGUGGUGAAGCAGUGGAACGGACUCUUUGGCUGUUCUUGUCUUGACACCGCCAAGGGAAGCAUUCCAGUCACUGGUGCCUGGUCAAACUGGGCAACAUCACCAGCAACAGGGAACUAACCAUAGUCACCAAUGAUGGAACUUUUAGAGUUUUUCUCUCUGAGACGCUUUGGAGAGGUUACCUUUGUGUGCAACAUUUGUAUUUGUAUCUUGCGCUCUUGCAUUAACAUCUGUUACUUAUUAAUGCUUUGAAAUGUAGACGGGCUGUCUUGGACAUUUUAUCUUUGAACUGUGUUUUGGUUACAUGCUUCCUUACUGCCAUUGACUUUUUUUUUUUUUACUUAAAAUUACUUUGCCUUUAUACGACAUGAACAAAAACAUAACUGUCAAGUUGGGUUGUAAAAAAUGUUUUUUUAUAUUAAUUACAGCUUUUAGAACACAGAGAAUAAACUCUGGAACUUGGAAAGAAGUGAAUUUAGAAAGCAUGUAACUCAAAUUCUUAAACGCACGUUGUCUCUAGCGUUUCUUAGCUUUAAAGACAGUAAUCAAGACAGUGGAAAAUUCUGAUAUCUUCAAGUGGGCCGGUGCAUGUUCCCAAACAUAUUACAAAGGCUCAUUGAUGUUGAUUUUUACCCAUCUCCAUGAAAACUUCCCCAGAGUUAAGAAAAGAUAAAAAGUUGUUUAAAACCUGGGAGUCCCAUGCUAAAUACAUUGUUCUUGCUAAAAGUCCAUUGUUAGCAGCAAAUACAGUCCUACUCUUCUGACAUAAUGUGCCUCUAAUAACACAAGAAAUGAGGAAAAAACAUGGAACUGAACUGUUGCUCAUUUGUCAGAAAAUGUGUUAGCCAAAAUGGCUAACCUGCUGCCAUUUGCUAAAAGUGGUAUUUUAAAAUUAUGAUUUUCAUCUGUAUUUUUGUAUUAUGGAUUUUUCAAUCCAUUUUUAAAAAAAAAAAAAGUUAAUUUUAUUGACAGAUUCUUUUGGAACAAAAGCAAAGUAAUGAGCCUUAAGUGUUAUGCAGUGAAAGAAUUUAUCUGCAUAUUUCUAAGCACAUUUUGGAGACGCAAGGCAUUUCACUGGAAUAACAGGUCACUGGCUAUGCUAGUGUAAUAUACUGUCCUGUUUUAUUUAACUUGUGUGUAACCAUAGACUGCAUUUAUAAGAUGGAAAGAUGGACAUAGCCAAUGCGGAAGUGAGUUAAACCUGGAUUAUUUCUAAUGGCCAGCAGGGGAUGACUACUCUGGUUUGAAAAAGAAGUCGGAUUGUAUAAAAGUUGUAUAGAAAGCGAUCCUACUUCUUAUGUGAUUUAAUACUGUAGUAAACAUUUUCCUGAUUAUUUUAUGGCCUCAUUUGUUAUUUUAAAGUUUCCUAUGAUACAGCGUGAUGUUGUGUAAAUUGUACACAGAGCUGUCUGAUUUACCAUUUGCUUAAAACUUGUCUGUUUCAAAAGACCAAAUUGGCAAUUCCAAACUCGCGGCUUCAAAACUAUAGUCCACUAACCAAUUGAUGACAUCAGGUUGGCUACAUCCAUUUUUUUUAAUAUACAGUCUAUGCAUGUAAUUAAAAAGAGAAACAACUGUUCAGCAGAGCCUGUCUCCAAAAUCUGUUUAAUACAAAGUGUCAUGCGCACUUUCUUUGCAUUUACAAUCACGAUUUAACAGAAGAAUCUCAGCACAGCUCUACCAGACAAAGCCUGCUGAGAGGCCUCUAUAAAUUUUACUUGAGACUACACUAUUAACCUGUAAUUAUCAAGUGUCCAUGAGUGUUAUGUUGCUCAUUAAUCAUCAAGGUAUUAGCAUGCAUUUGACAAAAUGUUAUUAAUUUUAUGGAGCGUCAAAUCUCACCAUUUUACCUAACAAACACUGCAAUAGUGUGACCGAAUCAAAAAAACAGGAAAAAAACUUCACAGUGAACAAAAUGGAUAUUUUCAUUAUAAUGGAAUGCUACAAUGUAUUCUUUAGGUAUUGUGUAUUGUCAUUAAAUAGUACGCUUUUUCUUUUUUUGAAAUGUUGGUUUUCAUUAAUUUUUAUUCACAAUUUCUAAAUGUCAGCACCAACUUGUAUGAUACAGUGCAUUAUGUUAGAGCUUUUCAAAUAUUACAUUUUUGGCAGCUGUUAAUAAAUGUCUUUCUGAUA